AUGCGGCGGCGGCCGCUGCUGCUGGCGCUGGGCCUGGCCCUGGCGGCGCUGGGCGCGGCGCACGGACAGCACCGCGCCGACUACGACCGGGAGGCGCUGCUCGGCGGACAGGAUGAGGCGGAGGAGUACGCGCGGCUUAGCCCGGAAGAGCAGCAGCGGCGGCUGAGGGCCAUUGUGAAGAAGAUCGACUCGGACGCGGACGGCCUCCUCACCAAGGAAGAGCUGAGUUCCUGGAUACAGCAAUCUUUUAAACAUUAUGUUACGCAAGAAGCUAAGCAACACUUCAAUGACUAUGACAAAGAUGGUGAUGGAUUAGUGUCUUGGAAGGAGUAUAAUAUGCAAAUGUAUGAUCGUGUAAUUGAUUUUGAUGAGAACACUGUCCUGGAGGAUCAAGAAGAAGAAUCAUUUCGACAGCUUCAUUUAAAGGAGAAAAAGCGUUUUGAAAAAGCUAAUAGAGAUGAUGUUCCUGAUCUAAAUGUGGAUGAAUUUGUUGCUUUUGAACAUCCUGAAGAAGUGGAGUAUAUGACGGACUUUGUCAUUCAGGAGGCUUUAGAAGAACAUGAUAAAGAUGGUGAUGGAUUUGUUAGCCUGGAAGAAUUCCUUGGUGAUUACAGAAGAGACCCAACUGCGAGGGAAGAUCCAGAAUGGAUACUUGUUGAGAAGGAUCGGUUUGUGAAUGACUAUGACAAGGAUAAUGACGGAAAACUCGACCCUCAAGAGCUGUUGUCUUGGAUAGUACCUAAUAAUCAGGGUAUUGCACAAGAGGAGGCUCUUCACCUGAUUGAAGAAAUGGAUUUGAAUGAUGAUAAAAAGCUUUCUGAAGCAGAAAUUCUUAAGAACCAGGAUUUGUUUCUUAACAGUGAAGCAACGGAUUAUGGUAGGCAGCUUCAUGACGAACGGUUCUACCAUGAAGAACUUUAAAUUAUUUAUUUUGUAAUCUGUUUUUCUUCCCUUUCUUUCAUUUGGAGCUUUUGUUAAAAGCACCCAUCACCUAUGUUGCAAGUUUUAUGCUGUAGUUACAGUACACUAAUGUCUGUGUAAAUAAUUUGCAUUCAAAAUUUAACUGCCCUCCUGCAGACUUCCUUGAGCCUCUUCUAGCCUUCAAAAUUAAUCUUAAAUACUUACUUCCAAAAUUAUAUAGCGUUGGGAAAUAAAUUACUUCAGGGGUAGUACUGUAUUGUGAAGAGUUGUUCUACUGUACUUGAAGAAAAUGGAGAAUCUAAAUGAUUCUGAAAGAAUGCAAAACAUAGUAACUAAGAGACUACUAUUUUUUUCUAAUCAGUUUAAUUAGG